CCACCCACCGCCGCACUAUCCCCUCUGCGGCCACGUCCACGUCUCCAUUGACAUGCAUUCCCCGACCGCGAUUCCUUACCGCGAGGGGGCCUAAUGCGAGCCUGCCAGGUGCGGCUGCAAGUCUUGCCUUUGGGCGCGUGCACGAGCAUGAGGCGCAGAAAAUGCUCCGACAUGCGCGAGCCCUCUCACUCCAUGGCCGCCGCGACGUCGCCCAAGUACACCCUCCGGCGGCCCCAUAGUACCGCCAUCCUGGAACCCGAGGGCAAACCCGCCACCACGAAAUUCGCCUUCAGCCUCUCGAUCUGCCGACCUGAAGCAGGCGGGCGGCACCAUCGCUGGGUUCUCCAGCUGCACAAUCAGUCGACGGGAGAUUGCACCCUCUUUCACGUCCAGGGUCUCCAUCCGAAGCAGAGGCUUGUCAUACAACAAUGUCGGCCGCACUAUCGUCGGCUGAGAAUCAUCAAGAGCAUCCAUCUCGCCGAAUUCCACCUGCUGCCUUCCGGCUUCUUCAACCUCGCUUGCGCAAUCGAAGAAGCCGUGCCUAUCAGGUGCGAGGCCGCGGAGUGGAACGGGCAAGACUAUGUCCUCGACGUCCUGGAGAUGUUGGAAGAGGACUGGUGGAUCGACGUUGACGAUAGCGAGUACUUGCUCGUCAAAAAGAAAGUGACUGCCAUGUACGGCCCUGCGGAUCUCGUGCAGAGGGCUGUCAUGCUGUAUCCCAAGUGGGGCGAGGGGAAAGAGGCGAGUGGUGAUGCUUUGCAGCAGACGGAUUUUGAUAUGCAAAGCAUCCGCUUCAAUGGCCGCGGCCGCGAUGCGGGAUAUCGGUGACGACGGGGUGGGGUUAUUCCCUCGUGCUCAGCAUUUGCCGUUGGGGAUGAAACAUCAUACCAGGACUUUCUCUCGGGCUGAGAUCGUUUCACUUGACCUUCACCCUGGUCAGGAUUGGCUCCCGAGCGAUUAAGCCUUGCGGUCCUG